AUGAGUUCUUCAAAACGUCGUAUUCAAAACGAUGUCAGCAAUCUCUUGAUGUCAAACUAUGAUGUUGAAUUGGUAAAUGACAAUUUGCAAGAGUUUCAUGUCAAAUUUCUCGGACCACCAUCGACUGCGUACGAAGGAGGAGUUUGGAAAGUCCAUGUUGAAUUGCCCGAUGAUUAUCCAUACAAAUCACCCUCAAUUGGAUUUACCAAUACAAUUUAUCAUCCCAAUAUAGAUGAAACUUCAGGAUCAGUUUGUCUCGAUGUCAUAAAUCAAACAUGGUCACCGAUGUUUGAUAUAUUUAAUAUAUUUGAAAUUUUUUUGCCUCAACUAUUAAGUUAUCCCAAUGCCGAUGAUCCAUUGAAUGGGGAUGCCAGUCAUUUGUAUAUGAACGAUAAAGCAAGUUAUAACGAAAAAAUCAAAGAAUAUGUUAAGAAAUAUGCAUCGAACCAGAAUAUAUUUAAAUCCGACAAUGUUUAUAAUUACAAAAACAAGAAUAAGAAUAUCAAUAAAAAUAACAGCGAUGAUGACGAUGACGACGAUGAUAAUAACAAUAUUAAUAAUGAUUCAGAUGAUGACUUGUCAUCAGUUGAAAGUUUUGGAUCUGAUAGUGAAGAAGAAGAAAUGACAUUUUAA